UCAGUUCUCAGAAUCAGCUGGCUGGUCGGUCACUCCUCUGCCAUUGUGUCCCGUUGGAGAUUUUAGUUGAGCGGGGACUUUUGAAAAGGGGGGUUUUUGGAGGACUCUGACUCGGGAGAAAUCAGCAAUGCAGAGCAGCCGGUUGCGACGGAACGCCAGCGCAGUGCUGUCACUGUUGAUCAUAGUGCUGCUUGGGCGCGCACGCUCUGCCGAGGCGGUCACUGAUUGCUCCAUCACAGUCUCGAGCGUCAGCGCUCUCGUGAUGGCGGUUGGCCCAACCACCAACUAUGCAGUGGUGUGUAUCAGUCCAGGGACGUACGCCCUCAGUGCCGGCGACAGCAUGACCAUUACACGCUCGUCGCUAUUCGAAAUUCGCGGGGUUGGCGCGUCGCGCUCCGACGUGAUUCUGGACAUGGCCUACAAUGGCCGCCAGUUUACAAUCCGACAGACCGACCUCACGCUGCGACGCUUGACGUUGAUGCGAGGCUCCGCAGGUACCAGUGGAGGUUGCAUUUCUGUGCCCGCCUCUUCCGGCUACCCAAAAGUAACACUGGUGGAUGUCACCUUGGAAUCAACAAACCUGGGAGGCGGCGGUGCGAUCGCCAUCGUGAAUGCCUCGACUACUCCCAUCGAAGUGAACAUUGAGAAUUCCAUCUUCGACGGUUGCACUUCUACGGCAGCUUCCUCCAAGGGCGGCGCCAUCAGUGUUGGCUCAUCCACUUUAGUGACCAUGAAUAUUGAUUCCUCAAAAUUCAAGUCUUGCACGGCCCCUUUAAGCGGUGGAGCGAUCAAUUAUGACGGCGCGAUUGGCAGCAUGUUUCAGAUCAGCGACACGCUCUUUGAUGCUUGCACAGCGGGCGCGGGCGGGGCUAUUGGCCAAACAUCCAAUGUGCCCAUCAGCUACUUUAUUGAAGCCUCGACGUUUACUUCUUGUGCUGCGUCAAGCGAAGGCGGAGGUGCCUUGUACAUUCGCCGAUCUUUCCUGAGCUGCCGAGAUUGCACUUUUACUUCCAACUCGGCAUCGCCGACCUCAAGCGCUCUUGGCGGAGCCAUUUUCGCGGGAGCCGAUUCUUAUGUGCGCACCGAGUCCUCCACAUUCACCGGAAACUCGGCAUCCUCGGGAGCUGCUAUUUAUUAUUCGAGCUCCUCCUUAUCACGAGGAGAAUUCCGCAACACAUCGUUUGUCGGCAACAGGAUCACUUCUGCCGCUUCUUGGGGAACUGUGCGCUUGCAGCAAACAAAAGCGUACUUCACCAAGUGCACGUUCACCGACAAUUUGUAUGCAGGGUCAUCCACCACCGUAUCUGGGGCCAUCAAUGUGGAAGGCGGAGCCCGAGUCGGGAUUGUUGAUGGCACAUUUUCUGGCAACAUCCAAGGGUCGGCACAGGUCGAUCUGCUGCUGUCAGGGGCUGGUACCAACAAUGCGCUGCAGUACCCCGGCCCCAGAUUCACCAACAUUAUCGCUGCUGGCAUCUAUAUGGCCGUCGCCUACACGUCAGAGUACUGUGGCAAUUGCUCGCUAGCGGACUUUGACACAUUUCUGUGCGAUGCCAUGCCGGAAUGUACGCCGGCGUAUGCCACCUCGGUCGCUUCUGUCGCAUCCGUUGCUUCUGUCGCCUCUGUUGCUUCUGUCGCUUCCGUUGGCUCUGUUGCUUCUGCUUCAGUUGCAUCUGUUGCUGCUGUCGCCUCCGCGUCGGCUGUUUCGAUCGCGUCUCAAGAGUCCGCUUCCUUGGCGUCGGCUGCAUCGACCAGUGCAGCUUCCGUUGCAGCUGCCAGUGCCUCUGCAGGCUACGCUUCGUCGGCAUCUGCUCAGGCCUUUGCCAUUUCUACAAGCUCAGCAGCAGCCGUUGCAAUUGCAGUCUCCCAGGCGUCUGCCUCGGUCGCAUCAGUCGCUUCUCUGGUAUCGGCCUCUGCCGCAUCCGCUGCUUCUGCGUCGCUUGCGAGUGCGAGUGCAUCUGCGGCGUUCGUUUCGACAUUUUCUCAAACAUCGGCAGCCUCCGUCGCGCUUGGUUCAGCAUCCGUCUCAUCCACCACAGGGCUUUCCUCCAGCAGCGAAGCCGAUUCAGACGAUAGCGGGGGAUCCUUGGGGGCGAUCGGAGCAGCAGUUGGUGGCGUCAUCGGGGUUGCACUCUUGGUCGGUUUGGUUCUGCUCCUACGGAAGAAACGCAGGCACAAAUCAGUCACUCCCGACCAGCAAGAAACAGUAAACAUGACAACCGUCUCCUUCCCUGCCGCAGAUCGAGACCCGUAUCACGCCAUCUACGCAACCGCGAAUCCCAGAGCACAGACAAACGAGAGCAUUUACUCUGGGUAUGCCCAACCCUCCGACGGUCGUGCCACGAAGGCCGCAGCUGCAAAUGCUAGGGGUCCAACAAGCGAGCGCGUUUACUCUGAGUACGCCAAACCUUCUGAAGGCUCUGCCAGCCGAGAUACGACGGGGACAGCAGCCAGCCCGUAUGACGAAGUCAGCUCAUCCGCGGCCCUCAAUACUGUCCGUGCGUCUUUACAGCUCGGCAAACGGCUGGGUGCUGGACAGUUUGGCGAGGUGCUGCUCGGCACGCUCCCUCGCUCGUGUGUGCCGGUCGAGGCACAAGAUCUGUACCGGCAAGCUGGAGGAGGAAGCAGUGACGAAAAAAUCACCGUUGCUGUCAAAAGGCUCAAAGCCGACGCGGAUGCCAAGUCCACGGCAGACUUUAUCGCGGAAGCACAGCUUCUGUCCUCGUUGCGACACCCGAACAUCACGCGCGUGUUGGCUGUGUUGCAUGAGCCGGCGCCAGCACUGCUCGUGCUUGAAUUCUUGCAGUACGGCGACCUCAAGUCUCUUCUGAAGCAAUCCUACAGCUCUGGCGUUCAGUGGUCGCUCAAAGAGUCGCUGCAUGUUCUUCGUGAAGUGGCAGAUGCAAUGUCGUUCAUUGCAAAGCUGCAUAUUGUGCAUCGCGAUCUUGCCGCCCGCAACUGUCUUGUUGGCAGCAAUCUGACUGUCAAGCUCGCCGACUUUGGUUUGUCACGAGAAAUGGAGGACUACUACUACAAGGUGCAAACAAAGGGCAAGCUUCCUGUUCGCUGGAUGGCUCCAGAAUCACUCAAGUUCAAGAAGUUCUCAGAGUUGUCGGAUGUCUGGUCGUUUGGCGUGCUGAUCUGGGAGGUGUUUUCCUACUCUUUGGAAGCGCCGUAUCGUAACAUUGAAGCGCGGGAUUUGCUGGAUUUCAUCGAAGCCGGCAACCGGCUCGAAAGGCCAGCGAGCUGUCCGGAGGCUGUUUACUCGUUGUUUUUGCAAUGCCAGACUCUCGAUUCGCACGAGCGUUUGCGAUUUUCUGCAUGCUUUGACUCGUUGUCGGUACUCUUCCAUUCGACGACGGAAGGGGACGUACGAGAUAUUGGAGCUCUACUUGCCGCAUGAGCUUGAAAAGGAUUGGUGCACCCUGCACCUUUGUCUUCUUGAUCUCGCAGAGUUGAGUGUUGUGCGCUCUUACAUCGGACGUUGUCAAAAACAAGUCUUAUUGUAUUGUCGCCCGA